AUGGACGAAAACCUCGCCUACCUACCAGUUGGCGCGUCCCUGUCUACGACGCCUGGAUAUCCGAUUGUAGACAAAAUUGACACGGAUCGGCUGAUGUUUCGAUGUGCGCAUGAGUGUUUGCAGAGCACGGACUGUCACGCGUUCGACGUGAUGGCGACACCGCGGUCUGCCAGUACUUGCCGCCUACACGACCUUGCCGCCUUGGAUGCGCGCUCAGACCAAUACCUAAUCCAGGGAAGUUGUGACGUUUCUUGGUUUGAAAGUGACGGUCAUUGCUUCAAACUAUCUCCUCGUACGAGCAACUGGGCGGAUGCCGAGGCAGUGUGUGUCGCUCAAAAAGGCCAUCUCGUCACCAUACGAUCCGCGCGGGAAAAUGCGUUUGUCGCCUCCCUUACAUUAGCCUUUGGUCGCCAGUUAGACCUCAUUUGGAUCGGCGGAAGAAUGACUGGAGGUGCGCAGCGCUGGAGCAGCGGAGAACAGUGGGGAUUUGAGAAUUUCGGCUUCGAAGAGCCGAACACGGCGGACGGUUGUAUGGCGAUGUACCGUUUUCAGUGGUUUGAUGUCUCUUGUGAACUUCAAUACCAGUUUAUGUGCAAGAAACGUGCUUAA